AUGGCUCCAAAGCGUCGGCAAAGCCAGCGGCUCAAUCCCAGCCCUCCUGAAGAUGAUGUCCACGAUGACGGCGGCAUUACUACCUCUCCGCCUCCAAAGCGUCGGCGAAGCAAGCGACUCAAUCCCAGCCUUCCUGAAGAUGAUAUGCAAGACGACAGCGGCAUUGUUCUCUCUCCGCCAAUUGAGAAUAGCGUCCAAGAUGGCGGUGUCAUCGUUUUCUCUCCAUCCCCUGAAGAUGAGAUGCAAGACGAUAGCGGCAUUGUUCUCUCUCCGCCAAUUGAGAAUAGCGUCCAAGAUGGCAGUGUCAUCGUUUUCUCUCCAUCCCCUGAAGAUGAGAUGCAAGACGACAGCGAUACCUUUCCCUCUCUAUUCCUUGAGAGUGAUAUGCAAGAUGACAGCGACACCUUUCCCUCUCCUUCCCCUGAGAGUGAUAUGCAAGAUGACAGCGACACCUUUCUUUCUCCAUCCCCUGAGAGUGGCAUCCAAGAUGACAGCGACACCUUUCUUUCUCCAUCCCCUGAGAGUGGCAUCCAAGACGACAAUAAAAGCACGAGCAGGGAUAAAGCUUGGAGGUCACGCUUGACAUCUAUGGGCUUACCCGAGGAUAUCAUUGACAGCGAGAAUGUUGAUUGGAUCAAGAUCUUCCUACUCGUUUCUCGCGCUACAUCCGAAACGAAAGCAGAAAUCAUUCAGUUUGUCGAGGAGAUUCGCACACGGACUUACCCGACCUCGUUAAUCGACCCCACUGCGUUCCAAAAUGAUGUAGGCCGAUCCAUUUGGCACACUCAUUGUCUCAAGAUGGAUGAGCAUUGGCAGGAAUACCUGAAAGAACUACGAGAAAUUCUUGGAGGGUCAUACCCCUACAACACCAUGGCAAAGCCAUCGGGACCCUUCGGCGCAGUUAUGCACAUCCAGUGGCAUUACCCAACCAACAAUACCAAGAAAACAAACAUUUCCUUCGGGCACGUAGUGGACUCGAGCAACCAGAGCCUUCUCCAUCAAGUCAAGAAAGAAAAGGAUUUUGGAUCGGAUUGGUCGAAGAUUUUCCGCCGCUGCGUUGACUUCAGCUAUAAGAUAAUGACGGCCGCUCCUAUCAUCAUUCUGAUCGGGAAGCAUGCGUUUAAGGCAUACAUAUAUAAAUUCAACAACGACCCAACGCUCAAACUCAAAAUGGUCGAUCUUGGUCUUCACCUUACGAUUUUCCAGGGACGCGCAUCAAUGUAUAUUGCAUACAAUAAGAUGACUUUACGAAUCGAACACUUGAUCUUUUACACGUACCACGGCUCUCACUUUGCACAAGGCGCUUCAAUACAAAGUGGAAUACACUCGGAUUAUAUUUGGAACGUUGCAGCGUCGAUGGCCCGCAUCCCGAUAAAGAACACACACCAUUUCAUGAAAGCAUCCCGCGAUACUUUAUUUACCUCGCGUGAAGAUGGCUACCCAGCCCUGAAGAGAGCCAGAGAUACAUUGGAGGCAGAUGGUUAUGCACACUUGAAGGAAUGGCGGGAAAUUCAUCGCAAAAAUGGCUAUCCAAAUUUGAAGAAAUCUCGGGAAAUCCAGCGCAAAAAUGGCUAUCCAGCCUUGAAGAAGGGUCGAGAAACCCAGCGCAAAAAUGGCUAUCUAGCCUUGAAGAAGGGUCUUGAAACCAAUCGUAACAAUGGGUAUCCAAAUUUGAAGAAAGCUCGAGAAAUCAUGCGCAAGGAUGGUUAUCGUUGCUUGAAGAACAAUAAAGGUCAACAACUCCAACGCAAAUUGGGGUUCCCAAAUUUGAAGCAAGGUCGCGAAACUCAGCGCAAAAAUGGCUAUCCAAGCUUACAGAAAGCUUGGGCAAUCAAUCGCGCAAAAGGCUAUCCUGGAGUGAAGAAAGGUCUUGAAGUUAAUCGCAAAAAUGGGUUUCCAAAUUUGAAAAAGGGGCGUGAAAUUCAGCGCGCGCGCGGCUUUCUGGAAUUGAAAAAAAUUCUAGAAAACCAGCGCGCAGGAGGAUUUCUAGCCUUGAAGAGGGGACGCGAGACUCAGCGCGCAGCAGGAUUUCCAGCCUUGAAGAAGGCACGCGAAAUUCAGCGCGCAGCAGGAUUUCCAGCCUUGAAGAAGGGAGCAGAUACUAACCGCGCAAAAGGCUUUGCUCUAAGGAACAACAAGUUCAAAAGACUGCUGUAUAGCAAGGAAGCUGAUUACCUAUUGAGCCAUGAUAUAGAAUCCUAUGAUCGCCAGCAGGUAGGCGAUAUUCACGAUCAUUUCGCUAAUUUGUUCGGAUGGUCAAACCGCUGGAAGGAUUUUCAGUCAAAACGAACAUCCGGAUAUUCAAGACGCCUCAAGGAGAGUUACCAAGCUUUCAAGAAAUAUCGCGAGUCACCCGAAUCAUUCUGGGAAGAGUCCAUAAGAGUGCAACGAAGAUUUCUUGCCAAGUAUGCAAUAUGGUACCACAAGGACAAAAAUCCAUAUGGUGUACCCUAUAAUGGACCAGAGGCGUCAAACAAUGCAAACGGUAUGGAUGUAGAUGGCUACCACUAUGCUAUAUGUCUAUUCUGGUAUAACAAGUCCGGAACCAAGGAGUUCAAAGAUUUCGUUAUUCAGAAAUACCAAGCGGUGUCUAUCCAACAGGAAGAAUGA